AUGGCCCGAAAGAACGGCAGCCUAACUCAAAUGAUCGAUGGCGACUACUACAGUUCUUACCUCGAUCCCGACAAGGUUCGCGAAGCCCUAAGAUUUACGCCGGGCAGGGGCGACAUAGUCCAGAUGACUUAUCCUGCCUCUGGCACCCACUGGAUGCAGCAGAUGAUUCAACUCAUUCUUCACGGAGGACGAAGCGCGAGCUCCUACCGAGAGUUUGAGAGCAGCUUCACCUUUCUCGAAGCCGUCGGCAAGCCGGCUGAAGUAGCAUCCACAUCAUCACCGCGGCAUCUCACGACGCACAUACGACCCGGAAAGCUCGCCAUCUCGUCCGAGGCGAAAUGCGUCUAUGUGGCCCGUAAUCCUUGGGACGCCUGCGCCUCGCUGUACGAGCUUCAACGAGAAAUUCGUGGACUCUCCGACCGGCAAACGUUCGACGACUUUGUGUCUCUAUUUUUGCAAGGGCUAGCGGGGCACGGUGAUUACUUUGAGCACGUGCGAGCGGGCUACCUGAGAAAAGACGAGCCGAACGUCUUCUUCGUUACGUACGAAGCAAUGGCGGCAGAUCUCGAAGACGUUGUCCUGCGCCUCGCAGACUUUCUCGGUACAGAGUACGGCCAGGCGCUUCGUCAAAACUCGGAAUCGCUAAGCGAGAUCGUCACGCACCGCCCCGUCACAGUGGCCUAG